AUGGAUGGGAAACGCUUUACAUGGAAGGGCAUUUUCGUUGAGAUCUUCUCUAAAUUGUUUUUGACUUUAUCAUCUCCAAAAGGGCAUUUGCAAACUUCCUUUUAUAGAAGAAGAGCGACUUCUAUCUUAAACGAGAAAGUUAGAGAAGGAGUUGGUGGGGGAGACAGGAAUAAAGAAAAAGUUGAUCAAUUAUUUGUGCUUAGCACACACAAUAUGGCAUCACAGAUUGUCGCACUGUUUACAAAGGAAAACUGCCCCAUCAAGAUUGACAACAGUUUGUGGUAG